UUUACCUUUUCUCUCACAUGCAUCGGCUUAAAUUUUAAGGAAUCACUACCGUAAUCGAAACAAAUCGGUAGUUACAAUUUACACGAAACAGACCGGCGAGGCGUUGUACUAUUGAACGUAGAAAGGUGUCUCAGAUGUCUAUGGAAGAUUUCAACCAAACGAAUUCACAGUGUACGUGUUGUAGACCAAGAUGGACUUAGACGAGGGUCUUAAUUUCACCAAAGAAGCGACGCAGAAGAUACUUGACAAGUUGGUUUAUAACAAGCAUCCAGCAACUGUGAUUGUUAUCGAGAUAUCAGCAGUGAUUGGUGUAGUGGUGUGGGCCGCUGGCUACCGGCUUAUUAGGCCAUGCAUGUUCCUUGCUGGAUUUGUUUUAGGAUUUCUCAUUUUCUACGUAUUCAGCCCUCUGAUCUUUAAGACACAACUGUGCUGUGGUCCUAACGGAAAGGAAAUAGCCCACGUUUUGUUCAGUGCAUUAGUCGGUGUAUUCGGUGGAUUUUUAGGAUGUCGAUUAUACAGACUUGGCGUGUUCACAAUCGGAGAGUGUCUAGGCCUGCUUGUUGGCCUCACAAUCCUUAGCUCUCCACUUUACAAGUACUUUCAUAGUAACAUUGCAUAUGCCGCUUUGAUGGCAACAGUAUCACUGAUGUUUGGAUCGCUGGCUCACUUCUAUGAGAAACUGGUCGUAGUCAUAGCAACAGCUUGCGCUGGAUCGUUUGCUGUGUUAUAUGGAGCUGAUUAUUUCCUUCGGACAAGUUUUUCCGUCACAAUUGAGGCCUUUCUGUUAAGAAUCCGGGACGUUCUUUGGGACGGGCUGAAAUCAGAGCUUUCUAAUUGGACCUACAGGGCUAAAGUUCCCGACCAUUUGGCAGUCCGUUUUACGAACAACUCCAUUCCAUUAUUUAUUUGUUGGGGUGUAAGUGCAGUCCUUGGAUGUGCUCUUCAGUACAAAGUAACAGCUAACAACUUAAACAGUAACUCCAAUCUUCUACAAUUCUGCAACUGCUGCGACAGACCCAGACCCGAUAGAUGACCAAUCUCGAAUCGCGGCCAAAGAAGCCGGUUUAUCGUUGACUAUAAUCUCCUAAAGUCAAUUUUAUAGCUAAUCGUGUGCAAUGGAAACUGGCCAUGUACAGAUCACGAGCUUUCCACGUAUUACGAACCAGCCAACCAGAAGAUCCGAAGUGACUUCUCUGAGGAACGCAUGUCCCGAAGCAAUAACAUGAAUGAGCUCACACCCUCGAUAAAGAUAAAAAAAGGUUCGAGAGUUUGAGAUACCACAUGCAUAGGCUUCACACUUUUCGAUGUCUUUGUAAUUUAAGGGUGGAGAGAAUAAUGUUUGAAAAAGUGUUUUAUCAUAAAAGUGUUGGAAGUUCAUCUUUAAAUCACGGUUCUUUUGAAAUUUGAAAAUGCAAACUAAACAACAGG